GCGGUCAAAGUUCGCUCGCAGUCCUUCCCUCUCUCGGCGGCAAGGCGUGCGAGUGUGCUUCACUAGCCUAUGCUAUUUGAAUAAACAAUUUUUUCAUCUGCAAAACUACUUUAGCAGUACAGUCAUGAGUUUGCCGUUAAACCCCAAGCCCUUUCUGAACGGUCUCACAGGAAAGCCUGUGAUGGUGAAGCUGAAGUGGGGGAUGGAGUACAAGGGGUACCUGGUGUCGGUGGACGGCUACAUGAACAUGCAGCUGGCCAACACAGAAGAGUAUGUGGAUGGAGCAUUAGCGGGUCAUCUUGGCGAGGUGCUCAUCAGGUGUAAUAAUGUUUUGUACAUAAGAGGAGUAGAAGAAGAGGAAGAAGAUGGAGAGAUGAGAGAAUGAAGAGUGAAUCGAUUUCUAAUGGGAUUGGAAGAUGUAUUGGUUAAUUUGCCAUUUGUGUUAGUUUUAUGUAAAGCUGUUUCUUUUUUCUUUGUAAAACUGUUAGUUUGACAUUUUUUUCACUGUAAAAGUUAUUGGUGGCACGACAAAUAAAUUGUGCACUUUUGUA